AUGUCCCAGGAGGGCGGCGGUGAGGAUGCUAUGACCAACAACAAUUCUGGCCAUAUUGUAGUAGAUAAUGCAAUCAAUAAUAAUGUGGGAGGAGCCUCACACCUCAACAAGGAGGAUGAUGGCAAUGAUGAGCUAGCCUCAGAAGGUGAACAAGACAAUGAGGGAUGGCUCAGUGAUGGUGUGGAUGAAGAUGACAUGUUUACAGAUGGUGAAGGGGAGAUUGAGCCCACACAUAGAGUGCCUGCUUCCAUCGCAGAUCUUCCAGACACUGUGACUUUGCUUCACCGGGACGGCUGCCUGGUAUACAUUGUUGGCACAGCCCAUUUUAGCCAGGAGAGUCAGGAUGAUGUUUCUAAGGUGAUCCAAGCCACAAAACCCCAUGUCAUCAUGGUAGAACUGUGUCAGAGUCGUGUCAACAUCCUCAAAAUGGAUGAGGCCAAGAUAUUAGAGGAAGCCAAGAACAUCAACAUGAGCACCAUCCAGCAGAUCAUCCAGAGAAACGGAUUCAUGCAAGGUAUCCUCAACAUCCUACUGCUGAACAUGUCUGCAUAUAUUACCAAAGAACUGGGGAUGGCUCCUGGUGGGGAGUUCCGUGUCGCCUUCAAUGAGGCUCGUAAGCUAAAGGGAGGCUGUAGAUUUAUACUUGGGGACAGGCCUAUCCAGAUCACCUUACGACGGGCACUAGCAUCGUUAAGCUUGUGGCAGAGAGUAAAGUUAGCAUAUGCCAUACUGUUCUCCAAGGAACCAAUUACGAAAGAGGAUGUAGAGAAGUGUAAGCAGAAAGACAUGCUAGAACAGAUGAUUGAGGAGAUGACAGGAGAGUUUCCCGCCCUUGGCCGUGUCUUUGUCAAGGAGAGAGAUAUUUACUUGACACAUUCCUUGCGUAAAGUUGCUCAGCCAAUACCCUGCCCUGACGCCCCAAAUGGUCAGGUCCCAGCUAUUGUGGUCGGUGUUGUUGGUAUCGGACAUGUUCAAGGCAUUAAGGAUAACUGGGAUAAAGAUUUGGAUAUUGAAGAUAUCUGCAAGUUGCCGACACCGUCUGCUCUCUCCAUCCUGGCCAAAUGGGGAUUCCGAUUGAGUGCAUUAGGCCUGCUCACUUAUGGAUGUUACAAAAUUUCUAAACUAACUUUAAUUCCUUGGAUAUCAGCCAUUGUCAAGUGA